GAACGUCCACAUCUUGAUCUGAAGUAUCAUAACCUAUUAGAAACACAAAAAACGCAUAAUUUAUGCAAAAAUGGAUUUGGAAGACGUUGUAAUAAACGCACCGAUUAUGAACGCUUUGGAAAAUGUGGACAUUCCAGAGAGAAGAAGACGAAGAUUUCACAUCCGGGAAGAUCCUUUCGAAUUAAGUAACAAAGAAUUUGUGCAAUUAUUCCGACUCAAUAAAGCUGCUGCAACAAAAUUAAUAGAAAUUGUUGAGCCACAUUUGGCUCCUCAAACGAGAAUAUCUGCUAUAAAUUUGACAACAAAGGUUACAACAGCAUUACGCUUUUUCGCGAGUGGAUCGUAUCAAUUGAACAUUGGUAAAAAUAUUUACAUGGGUGUUAGUCAGCCAACAGUCUCUCGCUGCAUCCAUGAAAUUAUUAAUGUUGUAUCGAGAGAAGAAAUUAUGAACGAGUGGAUUAAGUUUCUUAGUACAUUAGCAGAAUUGAAUGAACUGCGAGCACAAUUCUACAGAAAAUUUGAAUUCCCAGGUACAAUAGGCUGCAUUGAUUGUACCCAUGUUGCUAUUUUUCCACCGGCGAAUAAUAAUGUUCAUCCGGAACAUAUAUACAUAAAUAGGAAGGGGUACCAUUCAAUAAAUACUCAAUUGAUAUGUGACUGGCGCUUGAGAAUUAUGCACAUCAAUGCACGUUAUCCUGGGAGCAUUCACGAUACAUUUAUAUGGAAUAAUUCCAAUGCAAAAACCGCUAUGGUUCAUCUAUAUAGGCGCUUUCCACAGAAAAAUUUCCAUUUAUUAGGUGAUUCAGGGUAUUCUCUCAGGCCUUGGAUGAUGACUCCUAUAAUAGGUGCUGUUGAAGGUAGUCCAGAAGCUCUAUAUAAUAGAAAACAAAUGCGAUGUCGUGCAUUGGUAGAACAAUGUAAUGGACUUCUGAAAAUGCGGUUCAGAUGUCUUUUGAAGCAUCGAGUACUUCAUUACUCUCCACCAACAGCAUCUAAAAUUAUAUAUACGUGUGCUGUUUUACACAAUAUGUGCAUUGACCAAAAUGUGCCACUGGACCUAAAUGACGAUAAUGAAGAUAUAGACUUUGGGAUGUAUAACGAAAAUCAUAUUGCAAACGAAAGAAAUAUGGUUGAAAGAAACGUUCGUAGAAUUGAUGCAGAUCUUGCAGCUGGUAGAA